AUGAUGAUGAACGAUCAGGAAGCGGCGACCAUGCUCUCUUGGCCGUACACUCAAAGUAAGUGGGAUGGUGAUCUCAAGCCUGAGCUGAGGAAAUGGGGUUACAGGGACAAUUAUGAGGGAGAUAAAGAGAUUGAUGCACAGUGUGACUUUGACAAGACGCACGAGAUGGGGGACGCUUUCAAGGACCUGAAGGUCGAUUCGCGCUCAGCUGGACAGGGUGGUCCAAACCACUGCUUAGAGAUG